AUGCCGGACCCACCAGAUUGUCAGAAGCAGCUGAAGAAGAAACAGAAAAACCGGGUGGCCGCCCAGCGCAGCCGGCAGAAGCACACAGACAAGGCAGAUGCCCUGCACCAGCAGUACGAGACCCUGGAGAAACACAACCACACCCUGCGGAAGGAGAUCCAGGCCCUGCAGGCUGAGUUAGGGUGGUGGACUCGCACUCUGCAGCUGCAUGAGUGUGUGUGCCGCCUGGACUGCGCCUCCCGCUCAGCGCCGGAGCCUGCUGGCUGCUGGGCUUGGCCCCAGCAGCCCCUGGGACAAACCCCUGCCCGUGGGCAACAUGGCUGCCUGAAGCAGAAGGGCCUGAUGCAGACUCCAGUCUCCUCUUCCCCAGCUCAGCAACUUUCUCCAGGUCCACACUCUCAGGAUUCCUCUGGCCUUCUCCCACCCCUUCUGCCUUUGCUGUCCCUUGGCCCAGCCAUGGGGACUGCACCUCCUGCCCAACUGUCCCUCAGGCCUGACCUGUCUGCCUCACCCACUGGCUCUGGCCCGUUGGAGACUUCCUCCAAGCUCGGUGCCCUCCUGCCCAGCCCUCCAGCCCAGCCUGCCCCUCCACAGCCCCUGGGGCCGGAGCACCCCAUCAGGGGAGGACUGGGGUCCUCUCCCCACAACCCUUCAGCUGCUCCAGGGCCUGCGUGUCUGCAGAGGAGGGAGCCUGUUCUCUCAGCCCCAGACUGGCAAGGGCCUGCAGUGGAGCCCGGCCCUCAGCCCCUCCUGGCCUUCCCCCUCCUCUCCUCUGCCCAAGUCCACUUCUAA